AUGACAGAAAGGAGCAAUAGAAGGCCAAUGACAGAAGGAUCCAGUGAUCUGAACUUCGCUCUGCGGAAAAAUAGGUCAUUGCCUCGAAUCGGCAGCGCCGCAGGCCGGCUCCAGCCCAUCCCCGAGCCUUCCUUGGACUGCGAAAGGAACUUCCCCGCAGUCCACGAUGGAGCAGAGGGCCCCGAGGAUGACGACUAUGAAGACCCCAAUGUUCACGUGGAAGAGGGUUGGCAGUGGAUGAAAAUUUUACCCGCCCGGCCUAUCAAGGAAUCUGAAUAUGCAGAUACACGCUAUUUCAAGGGGAUGAUGGACACUCCCCUUUCCUUAGGUGCCAAGAUUCCUAUCCCUGUCGAGAGGCAAGCUUGGACCACACAGAUGAGGCUGGAAGAAGUGGACAAAGCCACUACCAAGGACAUCAGAAGCCAACAUGCUAAAGGAGACAAGCCCUCUACGAGAAACAAGACUCCCUUACCACCUCCUCGGCUGCCUGUUGUCAUUAUUCCAAAGAAGUACCAGCCGCUGCCCCCCGAGCCAGAGGGCGACGUGUCCCCCUCCCCGCAGAGGCACCCCUUCCCCGAGGUCCAGAGGGGGCCCAGACAGAUAACCUUAAAGAACUUAAAUGAGGUCCUUGGAGCAGAGAAAGCUCCUCAUCCCCUGACGAAGCCGGAAUCCUCUCACAGGACCCAAAACCAAAGCGCUCCAGAAAUCCCUCUUGCUGUCGCCAGCGCUUCGUUCAUGAUGAGCAACCACAGUGCGCAAAGCAGAGAUCAUAAAGAAAGCACGCAGCCCCACCCUCCUCAGCGAUGCCAGGCUCCAGCCAGCUGCGGGCCUCGCGAAGACGAUCUUCACUAUAAAAACAUGAACUGGAGGAAACCUUGCCCCACAAGGUCUGAUGAAGAGGAGGCCCAGCACAGCGAAUGGUACGUUGGAGAGUACAGUCGCCAGGAGGUGGAAGAGGCCUUGAUGAAGGAGAACAAGGACGGCAUGUUCCUGGUCCGAGACUGCUCGGCGAAGUCCUGCACAGAACCCUACGUGUUGGUGGUGUUUCAUGGGAACAGAGUCUACAACGUGAAAAUCCGCUUCCUGGAGAGGAAUCGGCAGUUUGCUCUGGGGACCGGACUCCGAGGAGACGAAAAGUUUGAUUCGGUGGAAGACAUCAUUGAACACUACAAGUAUUUUCCUAUUGUGCUGAUUGACGGGAAAGAUAAAACCCGAGCCCACAGGGAGCAAUGCUACCUGACGCGGCCCCUCCCUCUCAACAGACUCUCCUCGCCUUAGUAGCCUGAUCUGCUUACCUUCAGUUCACAGGAUC